AUGGGCCAAGCUGUUCCCUUGAAGAACAUUGCCGAUGACUUCCAAUACAUCGAGAACAACAAAACUACAUUGAUUAUCACGGGAAUUUUCAGCAGCAUCCUCAAGAUGGACUUCAACCGCACCAUCAUCAACAUGGUUAGCUGCUUGACCUUCGCCGAAGUUGUCUCCACCACCUCCUACAAGCCCUUUGUGCUCAGCUCUUAUAUCCGUCACUACCUCAGUGACAUCAGUAUCUACAAGAUCGACACCAUCGCAUCCACCACCGGCUCAUGGCUCUUCAACGCCAGUUGGACUCUUCAGUUCGCUCGACAAGAAAACUGGCCCAUCAUGCCACUUGCUCAGAGAGAUACCCGACACACGCUCCAAGCAGCAGCUGAUACCUAUCUGGACAUGUGGAGCAACAAGAGUGCUAUUAAUGCGGUUCCAUGGGGACACCAUGUGCACGAUUAG